AUGGAGGAGGAGGAGGCGGGGGAGGACUUUUCCAGAUUUAGUGAUUCAGAUCGUGAAUUAUUUUUCCGAAACCAAUUCCAGAAAACGCGGGAGGCCCUGGCGCUAUUAGCCGCUGUGGCCCACGUGGAGUACGCUGCGUGGAGGUAUUUACUGGAGAAGCACUGCUCGGUGGACCUCGGCGUCGAAGGGGAACCGAUUUACGAAGAGGAAAUUCCCAUUCGGUAUGUUAUAAAUCUGGACCAGGGAGCUCAAGUCAUUAUUAAUACCAGCCAGGAUCGCGAGUUCUACGAGUACGACAUUGUGUUCUUCUGCGGGGUUCACCAGCGCCUCCACCCUAGCGAGGAAUAUCGGGAGGCUCUGCGGCGGAUCGCUGCAUUGGGUCAAAAUGCGCAGCGAACGAAGUCUGGAUUCGACUUUGAUGUUCCUGUGCGAGUUCAAUUUGAUCCACUUGACGACUACGACGACGUAACGGGGCUUGUCGAAGUUGCGAUUGCAGAGAGAAUAGUGAAGGAACAGUGGGGAGAGUUUAGCCGAUCUGCAGCGGUGGCGCCAGGAGAAUGGAGAUGUACUUUUGUUUUGGAGCGGAUGAUUGCGGACUUGACGCCUCUCACUGUGCCUGGCGAAAUGGGGGCGGCGAUCAAGACUCUGUUGCGUCAGAAUACGUGGUUCUCUCUCAUAUCGGUGUAUCUGACCAACAUUGGCAUGUCGUCAACUCAAGCUUUCGGCCAGCUUAUGUCGAGUAUAUUUGAUAGCGCCCGCCGACCUUCAGAGCUCGCGAAUACAAGUUACCACCCUAGUUUUAGUGCUGGGUUGCCUCCGCUUCAAGUGGGCGAAGUCAAGAUUAUUUGGAACCCUGACCUGGAAAUCCGUGAAGCUGGCGCGCUGUGUUCCGCUAUGGCUCACACUCAGCUGUCAAAGAUUCUCUCGCUGCGUCUCUGGAUGAAAAUACACAACAGGGAAAGGAGCCAGCAGUACUGGAAGUGGCUGGCUUAUGCGCUUUUCUCCAAGCGAGCUCGGGUAAGUUCGUCUGUACAAUCAUUGGCGCUGAUGAAGGUUUGCAGCAUGAGUACGGUGGACAUGGAACCGUUCACAUCCAUGUUGAAAUCUGAACAUCCAGAAGAAGAUCUAUUCGACUCAUCACCUGGCUGCGUGAAGUCGAGGAAAGCGACACUAAGCGCGGGCACACUGGUUCGGUGUGUGCUUGAUGAUCGGAAUGGGCCGACGGAAAUCAUAGCAUUCGACGCGCAGGUGCCGUGUGUCCGAACGUUCAGUGACGAUGGCAGGAGCACUUGGGUAGACUGUAUCGUCCCUGGCUACGGACAAUGUCGAGUCCAACGGCGCGAUUUAAUGUUUGGUGGCAGCAGCAGCGAUGAUGAACAGUCGUCAAGGGGUGAAGGUAUAACCUCCCUCAGACUUCACCUCGACAAGGAGUUCCCAGCACUUUUCGACGGCAUCUCGCGUUUCUUCGGUGCUGUCGGGGCCCCGCUACGACAGUUAACUCUGGAUGCACCGAGGGGAGACCUGUCUUCAAUCCUUCAAUGCUGUCCGAACUUGGAGGAGUUGUCACUAUGCGGAGGGGUGGUCGACGCGCGACUGAACUUCAGGGACUGUCAUGCGAGGGGGGAACCCCUGCCAGAACUAAACCUCAACUGGGAUUCCGUUUCAGCGAUUGCAACGGUCCUUGCAGACAACGACAACAAACUUACCAAGUGUGCGCGUCGGAUCCGAGUUCGAGUGAAUAACUUCCAAGAUGAAGAUGGCAACUUGGCGGAACUUCGAGCGCACGAACGCCGCACCAAAGCUGCCUUCACUGCGCUGCUGAGUAUGCUGGAGCAAAACAAGUACCUGGAAUAUCUCGAGCUAGUUGUGCAUCCUGACUACGAACGCUAUCAGCCAAAGUUCAGGCGCCACCAUCUACAGCCAAUCUGGUGCGCGCUCAGUCCAUUAUCGCUACGGAGCAAGCUCGCUUUUCUCAGCAAGUGGGUAGUAAAACCAACUAUGUUUGCGAAACGAGCUCGAACCCAGUCAGAAGCUGGUGCUACCAUGCUGAGCCCGCACGUGUUGAGGAUUAUUUUUGAGUUCGCGGCAGAUCCUGUUUUACGGGAAGUCUACCUUCGCAAGUCAGACCGCAUUGUAACGGAGCUGAUACAAGGAGAAGAGUCUAUCUAA